UAAAGGUAGAAACAUUUGCGCACACAUUAAAAAUAACAGCACACAAGGAAAUCCUCACAACGCGGCCAGCCGAUAAAAACAAAACAAAAAGAUUCAGAAUGUGAACUCAUGUGGAGCAAAUUCUUCUGCUGAAGUCUGACUGAUGGCUCCUGGAUUCUAAUGAGGCAUUUUAGGCUCUGGAAUGUCCAACAUUUCACUGGCUUUCUCAGCAUCAUUUUCUACACAUAUGACCUCGCUGCAGCCAUUACCAUCCAGACUCCUGAGAGGAGUUUGAUCCGGUCAGUGCAGGAGGAUGCCCUGUUCUCUGUGGAUGUUGCAUGCCGGGGCAUCCCCAUCGUGCACUGGACCUUUACAACAGGAGCAGAGAGCCACAGCAUCGGCACCUGGCAGCCAGGGUUGUACACCAACAUCACAGUGAGUUAUAAAAGCAGAGUUGAGCCGUAUGACAACGGCUCCAUGAGGCUCUCUGAACUGCAGCUGCAGGAUGCUGGAUUCUACGUGCUCACCAUCACAGAAACAACAGGAAGCAGUAAAGAUGUCGGGUUUGUCCUCAAAGUCAAUGAGGUGCUGUAUGAGGACCUUCAGUACCUGUCUGUCACAGCUUUAGCACUGGGCUGUUUGAUUGGCCUCCUCAUGCUGGCCAUGUGGCUGCUCGAUAGGGCCUACUGGAAAAUCCAUUCACAGAGACACAAGAAACAGGUGGAAGAAAAUGAUGCAACGGAGCUGCAGCCCCUUUGAUGGAGCCGGGAACUCUCCAGGAAUGUACCAGACUCAGACUUCUCCGUGCUGGAAUGUCAUCAUUGUGUAAAUACUUGUGUCCUUUUUCCAACCCCUUUUCUUUUAAACAUGGGUUUGUUUCAACAAAGGCUGGCUAAAAUAUAUCAUUCUGGUAAUAUAAAUGUCACUUUCAGCAGAAACAGAAGUUACAUAGUUUUAAACACUACAAGUUCAGAGUCUCACCCAAGUGCCUGUCUUCCCUCAAAAAGUCUCGUAAAAACAAAAAAUAUAAUUGUAAACAUAUGGUAACCCCUGGUAGUUUCGGAUACCAUUUGAACAAUAAGAAUUCACACGUGUUCCAAGCAUCCCCAUCCGUAACUCAUUUUGGUAGAUGAACUAUGAGAUAUUCACUCAAGCAGGUCUUUUGUGUUCUAAUACUGUAUUUGGAAUUAUAAACAUUACUAUGUCACUGACCGAACCACACCACCAGGAUUUGUGUAAACAGAAUGUUGAAUGAAGGCUUCCAAAAUUUAAGCUGGAUGGUUUAAAAUUUAUGAACUUUUUGUAGCUGGUUUGUUACAGUGGGGAUAUGAAAAAGCCAAAAAUAACACUGACUGCUGGGGAUAACUUUCAAUGAUCAAUACUCUAUUCGGCAAAGUUGGGGACCUUUGGAGGGUUUUGCUGAAACUAAGUCAUACUUAAAAGUGCAACUGACUUUUUUUGUUGAGAAUAUGUGAUUUGUUUGGUUGAAAAAGUUUGGAUGAGUUGAGCUGUCAUCCCAACACACAUUCAGCAAAUUAUUACCCAUGUAACAGCAUUGCUUGGUCUUCCAAGUCAAAAAGCAGCUUAAACACACCAAUCUUAGUGUGAAGUCUGAGAGCGACAUCGGCUUCUGACUAUGAUAACACUUAUUUGAGAUGUCUAGUUCCAGCAUUGGUGACAAUUUGAAAUUUUGUUCUAAGUUAUCAUCUGCACAAAAAUCAAUACCAUGUUCAGCAAGGUGGGCAGUACAUACAGGAUCUUGGUAAAACCCAACCAUACUCAAUUUUGAAGUCAUGUGAGAUACGAGGUCUAUUAGAUAAGAAACCAACACUUUUUUUAACUAUAUGGAUUUGAAUGACGUGCGAUUACACCAAUCAUGCUUGAACCCUCGUGCGCAUGCGUGAG